AUGGUCCAGAUUAGUGAAGUCAAGGGCAACUCGCGCGAGAACAGGACCGCUACCCAUACGCACAUCAAGGGCCUAGGCCUGCGCGCUGAUGGCACCUCAGAAACUUCCGGCGAUGGAUUUGUGGGACAAGCUGCUGCCCGUGAGGCAUGCGGUGUAAUCGUCGAUCUUAUCAAGGCUAAGAAGAUGGCUGGCCGAGCUGUUUUGCUCGCUGGUGGCCCCGGAACCGGAAAGACAGCGCUUGCUCUUGCUGUAUCACAGGAGCUGGGCACCAAGGUUCCAUUCUGUCCAAUCGUUGGCAGCGAAAUUUACUCUGCAGAGGUCAAGAAGACAGAAGCCUUGAUGGAGAAUUUCCGAAGAGCAAUUGGCCUGCGAGUUCGCGAAACCAAGGAAGUGUACGAGGGUGAAGUGACAGAGUUGACUCCGGAGGAGACCGAGAACCCGCUGGGCGGAUACGGACGUACGAUCAGCCAUCUGAUCAUUGGGCUCAAGUCUGCUAAGGGCAGCAAGAAGCUCCGUCUGGACCCCAGCAUCUACGAGGCCAUUCAGAAGGAGCGUGUCACCGUCGGAGAUGUCAUCUAUAUCGAGGCCAACACUGGCUCAUGCAAGCGUGUCGGACGUUCCGAUGCCUACGCCACCGAAUUCGAUCUCGAAGCGGAGGAGUACGUGCCUGUCCCCAAGGGUGAGGUUCACAAGAAAAAGGAGAUUGUGCAAGACGUUACAUUGCAUGACUUGGACAUGGCCAAUGCCCGGCCUCAGGGUGGACAGGAUGUGAUGAGCAUGAUGGGUCAGCUGAUGAAGCCCAAGAAGACCGAGAUUACCGAUAAGCUGCGCCAGGAGAUCAACAAAGUGGUCAACCGGUACAUUGAUCAGGGAGUGGCUGAGCUUGUUCCUGGUGUUCUCUUCAUUGACGAAGUUCACAUGCUUGAUAUUGAGUGCUUCACAUAUCUGAACCGUGCUCUCGAGUCCUCAAUUUCCCCCAUUGUUAUCCUUGCCUCUAAUCGCGGUCACACUGUCAUCCGGGGCACUGACGACAUCAGCGCUGCCCACGGCAUCCCACCAGACCUGCUCGCUCGUCUCCUUAUCAUCCCCACUACGCCUUACAACCCGGAAGAGAUCAAGACCAUUAUCCGUCUCCGUGCCAAGGUCGAGAGUCUCAGUAUCACCGAGUCCGCCUUGGACAAGGUUGCCGAGCACGGUAGCAAGAUCAGCUUGCGUUACGCCUUGCAGCUGCUGACCCCGGCAAGCAUUUUGGCCCGCGUCAACGGACACCCAGGUGGGAUCGAGGUGACAGACGUUGCCGAGUGCGAAGAUCUCUUCUUGGAUGCGAAGCGCAGUGCACAGAUUGUCGCCCAGGACAGCACCAAGUUCCUGGCAUAG